AUGCUCGCAACCCCCAUGACCCCGCAAGCUUCCCACCCUUCGUCCUCCAACAUGGUCUGCAGUCUAGCCUCGACUACGACCACCACCUCCUCUUCUUCCUCCUCCUCAUCAUCAUCCUCCUCCUCCAGUGCCACACAACAGACUACGAUAUCGUCCCGACCGAAACUGACUCUCCAAACCACCUCUCUUCCCCGAACCUUUGGCACAUCCUCAACGGGGUUGUCCCUCUCUAUUGCAGCCGGAACGGCAUCUCCCACUGUCCGCAAUACCUUCAAAAAUGCCUACGAGGUCACCGGCCCUUCAUCUGCCACCGCCUCUCCGUCAUCGAAACACCCGUCCAACCUCCGCUUUAGCAAACCUUCCUCUCCAUUCACCACACACAACCCAUACCAACUCCCACUGGGGGUGAAGAGUAUUUUGCGAAACUCGCCGCUCGAGCCGACCUGCCGCCGACGGGCUGGAUCGGUGGCCACCACCGGGCCGAAUGGUGGACCGAGCGCACGCCGCGUCUUCUUUCCCGCCAAGAAGCAGGUCAGCUAUCGCAACCCUUUGGAAGAGGAAAUCCAGACCGUGCACUACACGGCACGCCACUCUGAUCUACACGACGACCCCGAACCUGCACUUGAGCCUCAAUCUCAACCCCAGCAACCAGAGGUGACCUCAUCAGACGAGGACUCGGAUUCGAACGCCAGCGGGUGUCCCUCGGACACCAGCACUUCUGAAGAUGAACCCGAGACCGGCUUAGGGAAGACGACAUCGUCUCCCAUUAAGCGGAAGAAGCGCAAGCAUUCGAAUGCCGAGAGGCAAGUCCGGGCGGUGGCCUUGAUGGAUGGAAUCGCGGGACCCAGCAAUCCGGACAGCCUGACACCGCAAACGCCGCGCAGGAAGCGAGCUAAACGUCGCUGCGAGUGGCGAUGGACCCUGGGCCCGUUAGAGAAUCGUGACAAACUGCUUCACCCCGUCCAGGAUGAGACGGGUCCAACAUCAUCCGCGUCCCAGCCUGAAACGAUACCACACGAGUCCGAAACGGAGACUCCGUCCUCCGACCCUCCGCUGUCCAGCGCCAGUACCACACUCUACCACUCCAGCCCCAGUUCAUCUGUCUCGUCGGAUGUGGAAACGGAAAAUGAUGAGUGGCAGACACACACGACCCACGAACUUGAAUGCGCACAUGCCGAUCAAUGA